AUGGGACAAAGCCAUUCCAUGCCUCUGUCCCUGACCCUUGAUCAUUGGACGGAUGCCAGCUCAAGGGCCCAGAAUCUUUCUUUUUCAGUGAAACGCUGGACCUGGCAGACUCUCUGCGCUUCAGAAUGGCCCACCCUCGGAGUUGAAUGGCCCCCAGAAGGAUCCUUCCACCUCCCUCUAAUCCGCAAAGUCAGAGAUAUUGUCUUUCAGCCGGGGCCACAUGGCCAUCCAGAUCAACAGCCAUAUAUCUUAACCUGGCAGGAUCUCUGCGAAUUUCCUCCCACAUGGGUGAAUCCCUUCCUUGUUCCAGCCCCCACUCCAACCCCUUCCCCCACCCGACUCACAGGGUUAGUCGAGUUGCUGAUGUUCUCACACCAGCCCACUUGGGAUGACUGCCAACAACUCCUGGGGACUCUCUUCACAACAGAGGAAAGGGAGAAAAUCCUCUUGGAAGCCAGAAAGAAUAUUCUUGGACCAGAUGGGCGACCAACCCAACUUCCCAACAUCAUCAAAGCUGGCUUCCUCUUAAACUGACCCAACUGGGACCCCAACACCUUUGAAGGUAGGGAGCAUCUGUCCACUUACUGCUGGGCUCUUAUAGUGGGUUUCCGAGCGGCCGCCAGGCGGCCAACUAAUUUGGCCAAGGUAAGAGAGAUUAUCCAGGGGCCUAAUGAAUCUCCCUCAAUGUUUCUGGAGAAAAUUAUGGAAGCACAUAGGAGAUAUGCUCCCUUUGAUCCUCAGGCAGAGAACCAAAAAGCAUCUGUUGCAAUGGCCCUUAACGGGCAGGCUGCCCUAGAUAUUAAGAAAAAGUUACAACGUUUAGACGGAUUGCAAGAUAGGACCUUAAGAGAUUUAGUUAGAGAAGCUGAGAAAGUAUAUUAUAAGAGAGAAACUGAGGAAGAGAGGGAACAGAGGAGGGAGAAGGAAAGGGAACAAAAGGAAGAUAAAAGGAGCAAAAGGCAGACUAAAGUAUUGGCAAAGGUCCUGGUCACAGCCGCAGAUAGGCCAGAAGUUAAAAAGCAGGGAGACAGGAAGGGAUACCUGGGCCCACACCAAAAGCUGCCCCUGGCCUCGGAUCAAUGUGCCUACUGUAAAGAAAAAGGACACUGGGCCAAAGAAUGCCCCAAAAAGAGGCAGCCACGCCAGCCUGCCAUGCUGACUCUAGAAGAUGACUAGGAAAGUCGGGGCUCGGAUCCCCUCCCCGAGCUCAGGGUAACAUUUGAAGUGGAGGGGACCCCAGUGAACUUUGAAAUAGAAACAGGAUCAGUAUAUUCAGCCCUUAAGACCCCACUGGGCCUUCUAUCUAAUAAAAGGUCCUUAGUUCAAGGGGCUAAUGGCAGUAGAUAUCGGGCUUGGACAACAAAGAGGACUAUGGACCUAGGAAAGGGAAAAGUUCAUCACUCUUUCCUAGUAAUCCCAGAAUGCCAGGCCCCAUUAAUGGGCAGGGAUSUGCUCACCAAACUCCAGGCUAAAAUUACCCUUAACCCUGAUGGUCCCUAAGUGGAGUUUCAAAAUCCUUCAGUAAAAACUCCCAUAGUUAUGGCUUUGACUAUGUCAGUAGAAGAUGAACAUCAACUCUUCACGCCCUCUAAGACUGAUCAAACGGGCAAACUACCCCAGAAAUGGAUAAAAGAUUAUCCUGAUGCCUGGGCAGAAACUGCUGGGUUAGGCCUAGCCAUAAAACAACCUCCAAUAGUAGUAGAAUUAAAGCCUCUAAGUAAAGAAGCUAGGGAGGGGAUAAGGCCCCAUAUUCAGAAAUACCUGGCUCUUGGGGUCCUAAGGCCCUGUCAAUCGGCCUGGAAUACCCCCCCCCCCCCGCUACCAGUAAGAAAACCAGGAACUGGGGACUACUGUCUUGUUCAAGACCUAAGAGAGAUCAACAACAGAGUACAGGACAUUCACCCCAUGGUACCAAGUCCAUAUAAUUUACUUAGCACUCUGAAUCCCAAGCGGAAAUGGUACACUGUGCUGGACUUAAAAGAUGCUUUCUUCUGCUUGCCCCUGCAUAAGGACAGUCAAUUGUUGUUUGCUUUCGAGUGGAUAGACCCAGAAACAGGAACAUCUGGUCAACUAACCUGGACUAGACUCCCACAGGGGUUCAAAAACUCYCCCACUCUCUUUGAUGAAGCUCUCCACAGGGACCUCAACGACUUCAGAACUGCACACCCCGAAGUCACCCUACUCCAAUAUGUGGAUGAUCUGCUGCUGGMAGCCRACACCAAGGAGAACUGUGAGUCUGGGACCCAAGCACUAUUAUCCGAGCUUGCUCAGCUCGGAUAUAGGGCUUCUGCCAAAAAGGCCCAAAUUUGUCAACAAGAAGUAAUCUUCCUGGGUUAUUCUCUUAGGGGUGGCAGACGAUGGCUCACUGAGCCCAGAAAACGAACCGUUGUGCAGAUACAGCCCCCAUUUAAUAAGAGACAACUCAGAGAGUUUCUUGGGACUGCCGGCUUUUGCAGGUUAUGGAUUCCUGGGUUUGCGUUCUUAGCUGCUCCUUUAUACCUGCUGAUAAAGGGGGAUGCCCAGUUCCAAUGGACCCCUGAACACCAACAGGCUUUUGAUAAUAUCAAAAAGGCGCUGCUAUCUGCUCUGGCCUUAGCACUCCCAGAUGUAGAAAAACCCUUCACUCUCUACAUGAAGGAAAAGAAAGGAAUAGCACGGGGAGUGCUCACUCAGAGUUUGGGGCCUUGGAAAAGGCCAAUGGCAUACUUACCAAAAAAACUGGACCCAGUGGCUAGUGGGUGGCCCCAUUAUCUAAAGGCUAUAACAGCGGCAGCCCUUCUAAUAAAGGAUGCUGAUAAAUUAACAUUGGGACAGAAGCUGACCAUUAUAGCCCCCCAUGCCCYGGAGAGCAUCAUCCGUCAGCCUCCAGACAGGUGGCUAUCAAACUCCAGAAUAACCCACUACCAGAGCCUCUUGCUUGUCAAAGACAGAAUAACACUGGGACCCCCUGCUCCACUCAACCCGGCUACAUUGCUGCCAGAAGAAUCAUCAGGACCCGUCGCUCAUGAUUGUCAACACAUACUGGCAGAGGAGACCAGUGUACGAGGAGACCUAAAGGAUCAGCCACUGUCUUGCCCUGAGGUCAUAUGGUUUACGGACGGGAGCAGCUUCCUCCAAGACUGUAAGCGGCGGGCUGGAGCAGCAGUAGUUAGCAAAACUAAUGUCAUCUGGUCCUCUGGUCUCCCAGAAGGGACAUCGGCUCAAAAAGCAGAACUAAUUGCCCUUACGAAAGCACUGGAACUAGCAACAGGCAAAAGGGCCACCAUAUACACUGAUAGCCGCUAUGCAUUUGCCACUGCUCAUAUGCACGGGGCUGUUUACCAGCAAAGGGGGCUAUUAACCUCCACCGGGAAGGAAAUAAAGAACAAAGAUGAGAUCCUCCGCCUUCUCUCGGCAGUAAAAGGCCCUAAAGAACUAGCUAUAGUGCACUGUCAGGGGCACCAGAAGGGGACCGACCCUGUGGCAGUUGGAAACAGACGGGCAGAUGAGGAAGCUAAGUUGGCAGCCCUAAACGGAGUGACCCUGUUAACUGUUUCCACGCGGGGGGAACAACAACCAGGAGACUUGGCUACACAAGAACCUUCAGGCAACUUAUCGUCUGGGGACACAGAUACAGAACUCUGGGACCCUACAGAGCCAAGUUUACAAUUUCAAAAAGCCCAACUUUACAUCAAAGACGUACACCAGCUCAUCCAUUUAGGCUCAAAGAAGUUACAGGCACUCUUAAAGGACCAAAGAAAUGACUUAUUAUUGACUGACUCACAGAGGAAAGAAAUAGCUGAGCAGGUGACUAGAGCUUGUCAAGUCUGCCAAUUAGUUAAUGCAUACCCAUCCAAGCUUCCUGCAGGGAGGCACUUGCGAGGAACCAGACCAGGACAAUUCUGAGGUGACUUUACUGAAAUUAAGCCAGCAAGGUAUGGACUUAAGUAUCUCCUAGUCUUUGUAGAUACUUUUUCAGGAUGGGUCAAAGCCUUCCCCACGAGGAAAGAAAUGGCUCAGAUGGUGGUCAAAAAGAUCCUAGAAGACAUCUUUCCAAGAUUCGGAUUGCCUAAGGUAAUGGGGUCCGAUAACGGACUGGCGUUUGUGGCCCAGGUAAGUCAGGGAUUGGCCAGGACCCUGGGGAUUAAUUGGAAGUUACAUUGUGCUUAUAGACCCCAGCGUUCAGGACAGGUAGAAAGGAUAAAUAGAACCAUCAAAGAGACCUUAAGGAAAUUAAGCUUGGAGACCAGCAUAAAAGAUUGGACUAUGCUCCUACCUUAUGCACUGUUUCAUGCAGGAAAUACCCCCUCCACCUCUUUAUGUAACCUCACCCCUUAUGAGAUUCUCUAUGGUUCCCCUCCUCCAGUAAGGGACCUAACCCCAACUCUGAGACUUAAUGAUUCCUUUCACACCCCCUUGAUUAAUGGUUCAAUUUAA